AUGCUUGUUUCCAUAUCAGAUCAGAUCAGGCGCUACUCCAGGAACUCUCUUGGGAAAAUGAAGAGUCCCAGCAUUGUGGUAGAUGGGCUAAAGAGUCCGGGCCCUUUGAUUGACUUUUCUUUUGAUCGGUCUGAAGAGGGUCCACUCGAAGUCUUUGAAGACAUUUUUGCAACUUUUGAAAAUAAGAAGGAAUUGCAUGCCAGAGUCCUCCAUUACCUUAAGCAGUUUGGUGGUGAAGUUCCUCAAAAGUUGCGUCUAUCCACAAUUUCUGUGAGGAAGUCUCGUCUCUUCUCUCCGAAGAACAGGCCAAACAAGCAGCUAAUUCCUAAGAAUCUCAUAGAUUCACAAUCUCUGAAGUUCAUUAUGGACUUGACACAGCACAAUCGAGCGAACAGGUCUCUGCUCCAUCUACACACCACGAAGAAACCUCCAAGCAUCAGCGCUCAGUUCCAGGCAUCACUAAGCAAGCUGUUGGAGACCCUGAGGAAGGCUGAACCGUUCUUUGUCCAAUGUAUCAGAUCAAAUGCUGAUAAGAAGGAAAUGCACUUUGAUGACGCUCUAGUCCUUCAGCAACUGAGGUACACAGGCAUGCUACAGACGGUUCAGAUGAGGAAGUCUGGGUAUGGAGCCAAAUUCACCUUCAAGGAGUUUACAGAUCAGUUCAGAGUGCUGCUGCCGAAGGAAAUAUCAACACCUCAACAGGACAUCACCAACCUGCUGACCAAAAUGGGCUUACCCAGCUCUAGUUUUCAGAUUGGCCGAACCAAGGUGUUCUUGAAAGAGUCAGAAAGACAAAUCCUUCAGGAAGUCCGUCAUAAAGAAGUGAUGAGGAGCAUCAUCAUCCUGCAGAGAUGGUUUCGUGCCUGUUUGAUGAGGAAACAGUAUUUGCGCAGAAGGGAAGGAAUUAUAAGUAUACAGCGAUCAUGGCGUUAUUUGCGGAAGACAUACCGAAGCAGUGCAGCUACUGUGAUCCAGACCGCAUGGCGAAGGUCCAAGGAGAGAGCUGAAUAUCUGGAGAAGCGAGAAAAGCUCAAAGCACAAAUAUCUCAGACAGAGCUGGGCCAUUUGAACAAGACUGAGGAAAAAAACCCAAGUCAGCCAAAGCCACAGCCUCCACUGCCUGGUGAAUCCCUCACAACUGAACAAAAGAAGACAGAAGAACUGAGCCCGCAGUCAAACACAGGGACCAAGCCUAAGGUUACAAUACAUCCUACUAGAAUCACAAAGCAACUCAUCAUCAAUGAGGACCAACCCAUUCGAGAUGAUACAGGCAAUAUUGUCAAUAAAGAAGGACAACCAUCUCCUUCAGGCCUCCCUCGGCCUGUGUCGCUUCCACUGAACCUGGGCCAAAGUGGUUCUGCUGAAACUCAAAAUAAUGUACACCUACAACGUCACGACAGGACAACCAGGUUGAAGGAGAUUCCUGAAAAACAGAAUGAGAGGAGGAGGGACGUACCACACGUGGAGAACGUCAGUGGUGGGAGGCGAAGACUUCAAAGCCUGAGAAAAUCGGGUAUACGGAAAUGUGGCGUUUCCCAGUCCCUGGAUAAUGUGUCCAGAAUGAGUUCUUCAGAAAAUGAGAUCCAGUCACCUGAUACUGAUGGGUACAAGAGUAUCACAAGGAGGACAAGUGAAGGAGCACCAACCGUCACACCAGAAAGAGGGGGAUUCCUAAAGUUUUUUAAAAGGCGCCUGACACCCCAGGAUGGGAAUGUAACUAUGGCGAAGACACUGGCAGAAAAAGUGGAACUAGACGGUGGCUCUCACUCCAAUUCUCCACGUAUCAAGCACUCUGCCACUUAUCCUGGAUCCCGUCACAAAUCCACCAUUAAAAUCAGCCGAGCUACUCGUGUCCAGGAGAAGUGGAAUGCUUCGCUGGACAGAGAGAUCACUAACAGUAAUGAACUUCGCCUAUUGGAUGAGUUCUUGGGAAAUCAGAUGAACGAUCUAAGCACCCGCUCAAAGGAACUCUCAGAAACCGAGAAAAUCUUCUUUUUAGCCACCACACAGUUCAGAGACACCAUCAAAUCCAUGUACUCUAUAUCAAAUCCCAAUAUCGGCUAUAAGGACCUGAUGUCAGGUUACCAGAUGAAGGUAUCCAGUUUUGCAGGGCGAGAGAAAGCAUCUGAGGUGCCGCUGGUGGUAAAUCUUUUUCAGUCAGUUCUGGAUGGAUUUAUCAGGGGAGAGCUCAAGCGACUGGAGACAGAGCCUUGUAAGGUUAAGGAGAGGAAUAGAAGAAAUUCUAAAAGAGAUAAAUGUCCUGAUAGCCCACUGGGUCACUUAUUUAGCACAUACCAGGUGACUAUUAUGCAAUCAUGUGACCAGUGUAGCUCAUACAUAUGGGGAAUGGAAAAGGCCUUCAUAUGCAGCUCUUGUAAAAUGGUCUGUCAUAAGAAGUGUCUGAGAAAGAUAACUGUAAAUUGCACGGGUCACUGUGACAGGAAGAAAGAGGGUGAGCAGACACUCCACUUUGGUGUAUCUCUCUGUGCCUUGGUGCACACGGCUGAAUCGGUCCCCUUUGUCAUGGAGAAGAUGCUGGUACAUGUCGAAAUGAACGGACUGUACACAGAGGGCAUCUACCGCAAGUCUGGCUCAGUCUGCCGAGCCAAAGAGCUUCGCCACAUUCUAGAGAAAGAUCCACAGGCCGUCACUCUUGACAAUUACCCCAUCCACACAAUCACCGGCUUGGUCAAACUGUGGUUACGGGAGCUACCUGAACCACUUAUUACAUACAACCUCUACAGUGACUUCAUGUAUGCUGCAGAUCUCCCAGAAGCAUCUGAGCGGUUGCGUGCUAUCUACCGAAAGUUGGAUGAACUACCUCCCUCAAACUUCUCUACUCUUGAAAGGCUUAUUUUUCAUCUUGUGAAAGUGGCAAAAGAGGAAGCUCACAAUAGAAUGUCGGCUAACGCUCUGGCUAUCGUGUUUGCACCCUGCAUUCUACGCUGCCCAGAUUCUUCUGACCCUCUUCUCAGUAUGAAAGAUCUAAACAAGACCACUCUCUUUGUGGAAAUUCUGAUUAAUGAGCAAACAAGGUGCUAUAAUCAGAAAAUGAAAGAAAUUCAGCAGUUGGAAAAUGCGGAAGCUAUGGCCAUUAAACAGCUCAAACUCAGAAGGCAGAACACGAUAUUUGAGCGGCCCAAAUUAGAUUCAGAUGUCGCCUCGAAGGAGAGCGAAAUCGAAAAGAACCUGCUUGAAAGAAUCAGGUCCAUUAAGAAGGAAAAGAACGAUUUGGCCUUUAGACUACCUGAGUUUGAACAGGAUAGCUCAGACGCUGAGAACAUGGACUCCGAAUCAUUAAUCAGCUCUGAGAGUCUACAAGAAGACCAUUUUGUGAGUUUGGACACGGAAGCAAACACUGCCUUGAACAGCUCCAAGCCAGAGAAACCUUCUAAACCUUCUGAUUCAACACAGGAUCCUAAAACAGAGACCAAACAGCCUGCUGAAGAGUUGAACCAAAACCUCUCUGUCUCAUGCCAAGGUGGAGUCCAGUCCAAGUUUGUUACCCAAAGCCAAGACGUCCCAGAAUCCCUCUCCGCCUCCUUUUCUGCAGGUAAUCAGGGCAAGAGAUGUCUUUCAGACCAAGACAUUCCUUUUAUAGAUGAGGAUGUUUGACAAUAAGUUACACCAAAAAGAAAGAUGUUUCUUUCCUGCAACGGAUCAAGCAACAGUCGAUAUCCCAUUUCUGACCAUAUCAACUCUCACUUUGUUUUGAGGAAUAAAUCAAACACUUGGUUCAUGCAUGCUGUCUUAAACCAUGUUGUACUGUUGUGUUUGUAGAUUACAUUUGUAAAUGUACAAAACUUGGGUAUAUUUAAAAUAACUUUAAAGCCAUAAUUAAUUUGUGUUAUGUUUUGCUAAGAUUAUUUAAACAUUCCUUAUAUUCUUGGCAACACUUUGGUAGGUUCAAAUAUUUUAUUAACCGCUACUUUUUUAAUAUUAUUGAUAAUUAAUUGUUGUCUAAAGCAACUUUUUGUGUAGAUUAUAUUGGAGUGGUCUGGGCCUCUAUUAUUGUUUUUUUUUUUUUCUUAGGCACAUUAGAGGAGUCAUUAUUCUCACAACCAAGAACUGUUCUCUUAAUGCAUUAUUAUAUUCAUUGUUUUCUGUGAAAUUACUGUAAGUGGUGUAUGUCGUGCUUCAUAUGUGAAUAUUUUUAUAUUGUUAAAACUUUUUAUUUGAAGAUUUGAAAAUGUUUUUGCAUGCAUUUUUAAUGUGCACUGUUAAAGUUGCAGCAAGAUUUUUUUUUUUUUUAAUGCAGUUAUCCAUGGCAGAUUCUAAGAUGCUUUCUCCUCAGCAGUCAAAUUACAUUUGUUUUAAGAAGAAAUCUGUAGAAAAAUGUUCAUCAUGAAGGCAGAUGUUUUAUAUUGUAAGGAUAGUAUGGAUAUAUUCUGCUCUAGUGAGGAGAAAUGGUUAAAACAGGUCUUAAAAUUGAUAAGCCAAUGCUGCAUAUUGAAAACUAGAAUAAAUUUGAACACACAUUUUGUUUUAGAAAUCUUAAUACAUCUAAUAAUUUUAUGUUAUGGGAAUUGAAAUCAAAUUACUUGAAUUCCGCUCUUGGUAUUGAAGACAUAAAGUUCCUGCAAAAUC